GAAGCCCCAAAACCCCUUGAAAACCUGAACAGCGAGGACGCACACAGUGCAGGGUUUAAGAGAGAGCUUCAUUCACCUCACUAAACCACCAACCAUGUUUCAUCUCAAUCGCAACCUCCCUCUCAUUUCCCUCGCCGCGCGCUCUCUCUCUCCCGCGUUCGCCAGCAACCACCUAACCGCUUCUCUCUUCGGCGAUUCAGCUCUCUAUUCCACCAACAUCGUCGGCGACAAGCCCCUUCUGGUUCGCGAUUUCAUCCAUUCUGCACUCUACCAUCCAUUACAUGGCUACUUCUCUCAAAGAUCGCGAUCCGUUGGUGUUCUUCCCAGUAGCAUCAAGUUCAAUCAACUUCAAGGCCGAAAAGCUUAUAUGAGAUAUUUGGAUAAUAUUUACAAGCAAAAUGACAUAUCAUGGUUUACGCCAGUGGAGCUUUUUAAGCCUUGGUAUGCCCAUGCUAUUGCUGAAUCCAUCAUGCGCACCGCAAAUUUCUCCGUUCCUCUAAAAAUAUAUGAAAUUGGUGGUGGAUCAGGAACUUGUGCCAAGGGUAUAAUGGAUUACAUAAUGUUGAAUGCUCCUCCAAAAGUUUAUAACAGUAUGACUUACAUCUCAGUUGAGAUUAGUCCUUCACUUGCUGAGGUGCAAAGAGAAACUGUUGGUGAAGUGCGAAGCCAUAUACCUAAGUUCAGGGUAGAAUGUCGUGAUGCUGCUGACAGGAGUGGAUGGGGGCAUGUGGAGCAACAACCAUGUUGGGUAAUAAUGCUUGAGGUACUUGAUAAUCUUCCACAUGAUCUAGUCUAUUCAGAGAAUCAAAUUUCCCCAUGGAUGGAAGUCUGGGUUGAGAAGCAAUAUGACCGAGAAACUCUCAGUGAGUUAUACAAGCCGUUGCAAGACUCACUUAUUACACGUUGUGUUGAGAUCAUGGAUUUGGAUAAAACCAAAACAACUCAAAGCACUGCAGUAUCAACGUUGAAAAGCAUUUGGUCUAAAGUUCACCCAAAACCACAAAGAUGUUGGUUGCCAACCGGUUGCUUGAAAUUACUUGAGGUUCUCCAUGAGGUGCUACCAAAGAUGUCUUUGAUUGCUUCUGAUUUCAGCUACCUGCCAGAUGUAAAGAUACUUGGUGAACGAGCUCCAUUGGUUUCAACUAAAAAAGAUGGAAGCAGCUCAGAUUACGAGAGUUAUAUGGAGGCAAAGGGUGACGCUGAUAUCUUUUUUCCUACAGACUUUUGGCUUUUGGAACAAAUUGAUCAUUAUUGUUCUGGGUGGCUCAAACCUCAUGGUGACCAUGCAUCGAAAAAAGGAAAGAAAAGGAGAACAAUUACGUUGGAUACAUCAUCUUUCAUGGAAGAGUUUGGUUUGCCCACAAAAACGAGAACCAAGGAUGGAUACAACCCCCUAUUGGAUGACUUCAAGAAUACCAAAUUUUAUCUUAGUGUCCCUACACACAAUAUUAAGUAGAUGGCUAAUAGAUUCAAUAGAAGAAGUACUUGCAGUCACAAUGAUGUAUCACAGGCUUUUUGGUUGAGACUAUAUUAUGCAAGUUACAAGGAUUUCAUUAUUCCAUUGUCUUUGAGCAUAAAUUAGAUUUAGAAAUAAAAAAUCAGUCUGACCAUAUAUCAAUGGGCAAUUUUUCCCAAGGAGCCCCAGAUAUUGUAUAAUCUUAAUUGAAAGAUAGAACAUUUUUAUGUAGGUAUAAGAAAAACAGGUUUUGAAGAUCCUCUUCUUUGUAUGUUAGGAUUAUGUUCAAAUUCUACAAAUAGGAUCUGUCAAGAAACAGUAUGAUUGUAUUUUAUUUUAUUUGAAGGCUUGAUUGAAAGGGAUAAAAACUUUUUAUGGUA